AAGAAAUAUAUCGAUGUUAUCUGAUGCAAUCAAAGAAGGAAAAUAAGAUUAAUUGGUUCCUCAAUUAAACUAAGCUCCUAGCAAUACAUUCUUCGUUUAUAAUUGUUACUUACCAGUUGUUUAAGAUUUUAUGAAUCAACCUCCAACAUUACAAGUUCGUAAUUCAAGUAAGUUAAUUAUAAAAAAACAUAGGUGAAUCAUUCCCAUAAAUAUUAAAAUAAACAGAUAGUUUAUAAAUGGGACAUCUUGGAGGUGGAUUGUCUAUUCCAAGUUUUUAAUUUGGAGCAUCUACACCUUUUAUUAAUGCAGAAGAUGUGAUGAGAAAUGUCUAACCUUAAACAACUUAGAAUCAUUUUGCAUCAUAUAUAUUAAAUGAAUAACUCAAACCAUAGAAUUAGAUUUAAAAAAAUAGAAUCAUAGAAGGAACUUAAAUCUUAUGUGAUAUUGAAAUUGUACUCAUAUCUCGUUAUUUUGAUAUGAAGGCUAGUGUAAUUGAUAAAUGAAAUUAAGAUAGGUAUUUUGUCCUCCUAACAAUAAAUACAAUUUAAAAGAAGACACAUCCAUAUCAAAUUCUGAGUGGCUAAAAGAUAGAAUGUCUUACAGAUACAAGAAACCUGUAUUUUAUUCUAUCAAUAAAUUUAGAUUAAGGAAUCUUUUUGGAAUAUGAUAGAAGUAAUUCAAAAAGAAGGAGAAUUAAAUAUGAAGUCAAUUAUUUAACCCAUUAAAUUCUAAUAAAAUGGCUUUGAUUCUUUAGAACGGCAAGUACCAAAAAGUGUUAAAUUAGAUAAGCCAUUCUCCUUUUUUAUUUUAGAAAUUUAAUAACUUAUUUCUUAAUUCCUAUUUAUUAACUAUUGACAAAAUUGGAC